AGUCACAAUUGAGUUACUGAGAAAAUAGAUGUUGAGUUGUUAUGGCUAAGCUUCAUCACUCAUCGCAUGGUGUUUCUGGGUAGCAGCAAUCAUGCUCUUCGUUUCCCUUCAUCCUCAUAUAUCUCCAACUUCAUCAUUUUCUCGCAUUCGCAUUUUCUCUUCACUGCUCCCAAAUCGCAACAACCCCACUUCCCUUCCAAUUCCCAUCAAAGCCCCCACUCCUCCAUGGAUGAAGGCUCCUCUUCUUCUCCAACCCCACGAGCUCGUUGACCUCUCCAACCCCAAAGAUAACAAGUCCAAGGUCGAAAAACACGAACUUUCUGACAAAGCUUUGAUGGGCAAAGAGGCCAGAGGGAAGAGGUUCAUGAAGAAAAUCGUGAAGAGGGUCGAAAAGCUUCGUUACAAGACUCGCACUUCGUCCGAGACUCGAAUUGGUUCCCCCAAUGUUGAAAAUGAAGACUUUGGUGGGGUUUUUGAAAGUGUGGAGGAAAACGAGGAGGAGGUCAGGACUAAUAAGGGAAGAAUGCCAUGGGUGAAGGAUGAUGAGAAGUUUGGUGUUGUGAAAAUCAGAAGGGAAAAGGUUGCCACUGCUGCGGAAUUGACUCUUGACAAGGUGCUGCUUCGGAGGUUGAGGGGUGAAGCUGCAAUAAUGAGAACGUGGAUCAAGGUUAAGAAAGCUGGUGUUACACAAGAUGUUGUGGACCAAAUUAAACGGACUUGGAGGAGAAAUGAGCUUGUGAUGAUCAAAUUUGAUAUCCCUUUAUGCCGCAAUAUGGAUAGAGCUCGAGAAAUUGUUGAGACAAAGACUGGAGGCUUGGUUGUUUUGACUAAGAAGGAUUUUCAUGUGGUUUACCGAGGAAGCAAUCAUCAGUUGACCACUAAAGGUUCUCCUAGUCUAAGAACAAAUCGUUAUGAAAUGAAUAGAGUGGAAUCAGCUACAAAAGGGGGUCUUUGUGCAGUUGAAUCCAACCACAGUUCGAGUGAGAUGCUGACCUGGAAUGCUGAUCAUAAGGAUUCUAUAUCAACUGGCAUCCAAGAUAUGGAUACUCAACUGGUCAAUAGGUCACUGUAUGAGAGGGAAACUGAUAGAUUAUUGGAUGGCUUAGGACCUCGGUUCAUUGAUUGGUGGAUGCACAAGCCACUUCCAGUAGAUGCUGACUUACUUCCCGAAGAGGUUCCUGGAUUUCAGCCUCCAUUUAGGCUUUGUCCACCUCAUUCUAGUGCAAAACUAAGUGAUUAUGAGCUAACAUACUUCAGGAAGCUUGCUUACCCUUUACCAACUCAUUUUGUCCUUGGAAGAAACAAAGGACUUAAGGGCUUAGCUGCUGCUAUCUUAAAGUUGUGGGAGAAGAGUCUUAUUGCAAAAAUAGCUAUCAAGUACGGAGUUCCAAAUACUGACAAUGAAAUGAUGGCCAAUGAACUGAAGGCAAGUUUGAUAGAAAAUUCAUCCAUGAAUUGUCUCACUGGAGGAGUUUUGUUGUUGCGCAACAAGUUUUACAUAAUACUCUAUAGGGGAAAUGAUUUCCUUCCAACAAGAGUUGCAGCUUUGGUAGAAAAGAGAGAAUUGGAGCUUAGAAGUUGCCAACAUCACGAAGAAGUUGCACGAAUGAAAGCAAUUCAAGCCUUUUCUUCUAUUGAUGAAGUGCCACAAGACACUAGUACAAGUGGAACUUUAACAGAGUUUAGGAAAAUCCAAACAAAGCUUGAGGAUACAAAAGAAGCCAAAGUAAACAUUCAACUGGAAGCAGAAAUAUUUAGAGUGGAGAAGGAAUUGAAAGAGGAACAGCGCAGAGCAUUCAUUCUUAGCAAGAAAAUAGAGAGAUCAAUGAGGGAAUUAUCAAAGUUGAAUGCUGCAUGGACACCUAAUGAGCAGGAUACUGACUUGGAAAUAAUGACAGAUGAAGAGAGAGAAUGUUUACGGAAGAUAGGGUUGAAGAUGCCAAGUUGCUUAGUGCUUGGCAGGCGUGGAGUCUUUGAUGGUGUGUUGGAAGGCCUACAUCAACAUUGGAAACACAGAGAAGUAGUGAAGGUCAUUACGAAGCAGAAACUAUUCAAUCAAGUCAUGUAUACUGCAAAACUACUGGAGACAGAAAGUGGUGGAAUUUUAGUUUCAGUUGAUAAACUAAAAGAGGGCCAUGCUAUUAUUAUUUACCGUGGAAAAAAUUAUAAAAGACCUUCAACAAAGUUAGCUAAAAAUCUUCUAACCAAAAGAGAAGCAUUGCGUAGAUCUCUUGAAAUGCAAAGAGCUGGAUCACUGAAAUUUUUUGCUCGUCAGAGAGAGCAGUCAAUCUCCAAUUUAGAGCUGAAACUGGCUGAUCUGCAGCAGAGAAAGGAAAUUGAGCUGAGAGAAUCUGAAAAUUAAUGCAUGCAUGUCUAAGACACGUAUCAUGCUGCAACUUCUCUCUAGUCUGCUCGGUGACUGUGGACAAGACACAUGAGAAAUUCAACAAGCAUUAGUAAUCAUUGCAACAUGUUUUGCAAAGAAUCGAAGUGGCACCUUUGCUGCAGUAUGGAUCUGGAAAACUUUGACACAGCAGUUCUGCAUGGAUGGAGGAAGUCACAUGCACAAAUGUAAAUCCUGGAUGUUUGUGCUGGGUAGAUUGUGGAAUUCAAUUUUUUAUUUUAUUUUUUUUCCUUUUGCAGAAAUCAAAUGUUUACUUCAUGACAGUGAAGUGCUUUUCACUCAUGUUCAAUCACUAUCAUCUUUCUGUAUUGAAGCUGAAUCCUUUGAAGAGGUAUAGCUUGCAUGUAGAAGUUCCAUAAUACUUGUACAAGGUUGAACCGACCGUGAAAUGUUCUAUUACUUUUAGAGCAGAGAAACUUGAUAGCCUCUAGCAUACAAUUAAGAAGCUGCUUAAGAUGCAGGACAGAUAAUUAUUGUUACGGACAUGUAAUGUAUAGUAUAAAAUAAUUUUUUAUUCAA